GUUUAGGACACACCAUUGUAAUACCCUAUCGAAUUCACGCUGCAGUCGACUACAAUCUUCAUAAAUCAAAUGGUAACAAUCGAUAUUAUUAACAAUAUCGUUAAUAAAAGUAAAUAAAAGCAGAGGACCCAUGGAUGAGCCUGAAGUUGGAAAUAUAUUUUUGGAUUUGCUACCUCCGAAGUCAAUAUAUUGCCUCCUGCCUGACAAAUAUGAUCUGAAAAGUGACAGUACGCCGGGAGAUAUACCAGCAUUGUCCAAUUUCGUUAAUAGGAUGUUGUGAUUGAGUUUGUUAAAGGCUGUUUAUAGUGGACUGAACGUUAUGCAUUAAGAAAUUAUGGAGUUGCAAAAGCUUUAGAAGAGUUAGAUGCUGACAGAUGACUAAAGCAGUCAUGAUCAAGAAACGAUGGGAUGCCAUCUGGCCCACAGAAAUUCAUCCUAAUUUAGCUAAGGACAGUGUUGGGCUUGGAGGGAGAUCAAAGGAGACAAUUAAUAGAAAGUGGGACGAAUUAGCGAUAUGUCUGAAUACUCAUGGAUCUGGAGCUACAAAAAAUGGACAAUGCUGGAGAAGGGUGAGUUUAUGUUACAUUUUGUUAUUCAUCCUUUUGUCAUCGCUAAUUCAUAAUUUUUAUAAUUAUGCUGAAUCUUAUUUUUCAUUAUAAGAUUACACCUUUUUGCUAU